AUGGCCCAGCCCAGAUCUGAAUCACUUCUAGCUGAGUCCAAACCAGCUGCCCAGGACUUGCUAGGAAUGCAUGGGCAGGAGGACACCUCACCGUCAUCAGAUCUCAGACUGGAAACACCUCCAGAGCUCCAGAGACAGAUCCCUCGACAUGUUGGGCACAGAGAGCCUGCCCUGGCAUCUCCCCCAUGGUCCCCGAUUCCACUGAUACUCUUGCUAAUGUCACUGUGCCUGCUUUUACUGAUCAGUGCUAGGAUCUACGGUGCUAAGGUCAUGGGGCUGAGUCAAGAGAAUGAAAACCCCACUCAGUGUCCGGUGUCCUGCCCAGACCCAAACACAACCGUUCCAGAAAUGCCACAGGAUCAGUCUCCCGACAAAGAGAAGUGUCCGGGGCGGUGGAGUCACAGCGAGAGCAGGUCCUACCUCUUUUCUCCUGAAAAAAGACCGUGGGCAGAGUGUAAAUCCUCCUGCCAUUCUCUCUCUGCUAGCCUGCUCACAAUUGAUAGCAAAGUCGAGAUGAACUUCAUCAACACAGAGUUAUUUCACUAUUAUGAAGAUCGUGGAAGCAGUCUGUACUACUUCCAGUUCUGGACUGGAUUGUCGUACUACCCUGAAAUAAGGAAGUGGAUCUGGGCAGACGGCACAACUCUCUCCUCUGGCCUGAUUCAGCUCCCAGAACCCAGUCAUGGAACUGAUGCAGGUGGUGCUUGUGUGUAUCUCCAAGUUGGGGCAGUUAAGCUGGGCAGGUGUGAAGAAGCUCUAUUCUGCAUUUGUGAAAAGAUGAAGAAACCAGCUCUGUGA